CUGUGCACGUGCCCUUUAUCGUUCAGUGAUGCUGGAAUGUGAAGGAUGCUGAGCGUCCACCUGAUACCGCUCUGCGCCCGGGGGAGGGAGGGUCUCCUCUGCCAUAGCGCGGCCUAGCUCCAGCAGGCAGGAGGGGACGCACAUCCUCUGAGAGAUCCGCUGGAAACAUGAUCACCAGGGAAACCUGAACGCAUUCCUCGGCUCCGGUCAGACAACACGACAGCUUUUUGCGCUCACUGUGAUUCUCCAAAAAGGAUAAAAAGGAGAAACAAGCGUCAGACAGAAAAGAACAACAUUAAAUCCGACAUCAGCAGCCGCCGUGAGAGGAUAUCAUCGGCAGCUAUACGGUUGAUGUCGUUUGCCUGCACGUCCAUCAGUUUGAAGCUUUAAAGAAAAACCUCGAUCAACUUCCUAGCUUACAUCUCUUCUUCUGUAGCUGAUGUCUCAAAGGAUUGACAAUGCUGGUGUUUCUGGUUGGAAUCACUGCAACGGCGAACGUUUCUUCUCAUGACAACCAAACGGCAGGAGACACAGCCGACGUUUGUCCCCAAAGGCGAAGAGGCAAACUGGCAUGUCGGAACAAUCAAAAGUUAAAAAAAGCAAAACAUGAAGAAGUUACGUGCACCUCAUUCAAAAAAGUUUUAUAACAUUUGUAGAUUUUAGAGAUUCACCAUUCAGACUUGCCUCUUUCUUUUUAGUUUUAAAAACAACAGUUUAUAUUUUGAUUGUAAGAUGACAAAACUUGUGUACGAAUGAUUUUGAACAAAGAAAAUAAAUGAAAACAUUUAAACAUGAAGUAUAAAAGUCCUAAUUUCCUGCAUCUUGUUGCAGAGAACCCCACCCAGCAGGGUGCUCAUGUGCUGCCCUCCACGCUGAUCAUCUCCCUCCUUCUGAUCAUCGUGGUCCUGCUGACAGUUUACUGUCUAAGGUUCAAAAACCACAAAAAGGCUCUUAUUACAUCCGUGGAUAAAAAGAUCCCGAAUGGCUUCUUGGAGGAACAAGGAGAGCAAACAGUGGUCCUCCUCCCAAGAUCUCCCUCGCCAUCCAAGAGGUACUUCCCAAUCCCCCUAGACUUGAUGGAGGAGGAGUACCGCAUACGCUCCGCCGACGACGGCAAGCUCUUCAGAGAGGAGUUCAACUCUCUGCCAUGUUACUACCAUCAUGGGUCCUUUGAGGAGGCGAGCAGAGAGCACAACAGAGAGAAAAACAGAUACCCGAACAUUUUACCAUACGAUCACUCUCGUGUGGUUCUGAGUCAUAUUGAUGGACACCUGUGCUCAGACUACAUAAAUGCUUCCUACAUAGAUGGGUAUAAGGAGAAGAACAAAUUCAUUGCAGCUCAAGGCCCAAAGCCUGAGACGGUAGCCGACUUCUGGCGGAUGAUUUGGGAACAGAAAACAGCAACUAUAGUUAUGCUGACGAAUCUAAAAGAAAGGAAAGAGGAGAAAUGUUGCCAGUACUGGCCGGAAAAAGGCUGCUGGAUGUAUGGGAAUGUCCGAGUGGCGGUGGAGGACAUCACGGUGCUGGUGGACUACACUGUUAGAAAGUUCUGCGUUCAAUAUCAGGGUGCCGAUGGACUCAGAGCUCCUCGCCUGGUCACUCAGCUCCACUUCACCAGCUGGCCAGACUUCGGGGUGCCGUUCACACCCAUCGGCAUGCUGAAAUUCCUCAAGAAGGUCAAAGCUGUCAAUCCCUGCUACGCCGGACCUGUCGUUGUGCACUGCAGUGCCGGAGUCGGGAGGACCGGAACGUUCAUUGUCAUUGACAGCAUGAUCGACAUGAUGCACACAGACCAGCGAGUGGAUGUCUUCGGCUUUGUGAGCAGAAUACGAGAACAGCGCUGUCAACUAAUCCAGACAGAUAUGCAGUACUCCUUUAUCUACCAGGCUCUGCUGGAAUACUAUCUGUAUGGAGACACAGAGCUAGAUGUGUGCUCUCUGGAGGGCCACCUGCAAAGGCUUCACAACACCAGGGCCCCCCACGACAGGCUGGGCCUGGAGGAGGAAUUCAGGAAGCUGACCAACGUUCGCAUAAUGAAGGAGAACAUGAGGACCGGGAACCUUCCUGCCAACAUGAGAAAGAACCGGGUUCUUCAGAUUAUUCCCUAUGAUUUCAACCGAGUAAUACUGUCAGUGAAAAGAGGACUGGAGUUCACCGACUACAUCAAUGCCUCCUUUAUUGAUGGCUACAGGCAGAAGGACUAUUUUAUCGCGACCCAGGGCCCUCUGUCUCACACGGUGGAGGACUUCUGGAGGAUGGUGUGGGAGUGGAGGUGUCAUUCAAUCGUUAUGCUCACCGAGCUCAAAGAGAGGGAGCAGGAAAAGUGUUUCCAGUACUGGCCAUCAGAGGGCAGUAUGACAUUUGGAGAUUACACAGUGGAGCUGACUGGAGAUGCACGCUGUGAACCCUUCACUCGCAGAGACCUGGUUCUCACCAAAAAACUAGAAAAGCAGUCACAGCACGUUCGCCACAUCCACUUCCACGGAUGGCCUGAGAUCGGAACACCCGCGGAAGGAAGAGGGAUGAUUGACAUCAUCGCCGCCGUGCAGAGGCAUCAGCAGCAGUCUGGAAACCGUCCAAUAGUUGUACACUGCAGUGCUGGAGCGGGACGGACCGGCACUUUUAUUGCACUCAGCAACAUUUUGGAGAGAGUGAAAGCUGAAGGCCUCCUGGAUGUUUUUCAGACAGUCAAGAGUUUACGAAUGCAGAGACCACACAUGGUCCAAACUAUGGAGCAAUAUGACUUCUGCUACAGAGUGGUCCAGGAUUUUAUUGACAUUUUCUCCGACUACGCCAACUUUAAAUAACGCCUGCCAGUGUGUUUUCUGCACAUGUCAGUCAAAUGAAAUUAUGCAAUUUUUUCCCUAGAUGUUGUUUUCUAAAGCUUUUUACAUUUUGCACUUUAUUGCAGGACUAAGACGUGACAUGUGUGACACAGGAGAGCCUGUAUCCGGAACUAGAAUUGUAACUUGUGGGUAAAAUGAUUUAUUUUCUAAUGUGUAAAUAAUAUUUAUGAUCUACAUUUUUUCUGUUGGAUGUUGUGUUUGACUUCUCUUCUAUCUGGGAUUAACUCAACAGCUGCUGCCUGCUGCAGUUUUAUUCAACCUCAGUAACUUUCCCUUUUUGCCUGUGGCAAUAUUACUUAGAGGAUUGGUUUCUGACUUGGCAGCAUCCAUUUAACCCACAUUAGAACAGGCAGAAACAUAAUGUCAUUCAUGAAUUCUAAUGUGUCACCCCAGCCAAGCUCAGCAUUCAACUUUAUUUAUCACUAUGUCUACAUUCCCACUUAUAUAUUGCAUUAAUCAGUGCCAUAUUGAUUAGACAUGGUUCUAAUCAAGAAAAACUUGUCACAACGUGACGCACAUUUAGUGAUAAUAGGCCAAAUGUUUACUUUAUCUUUGCCUAAAUAUUACAGAUAUUUUGAAAAUGUUUUUUUAUGUUGGUUUAAUGUGUGUUUUAUCAGUUAAAUACGGAAAAGGAUUAGGGCCACUGAAAUGAAAAAAAUAUAUAUGAGAAGAAAGAGAAUCCUGAGUUUUUUUCUCAGAUUUCUGACUUUAAAGAGCAAGUCUACCCCUACCAGAGUCUAACUCCACUCCCACUUCAUGUUUGAAAAAUGCAACAAAUGCUGUUGCCUGGCAGACCGAGAGGGUGGAGCUGCUAACAAAUGCACACUCACACAGGCUCACAACAGCACUGUGACAUCAUAAUGUACCAGUUUACAUCAUAGCAUACCUCUUAGCCAAUAGCGGUGGCAGAUUUAAAUUAGAAUACAGUGCAGAGUUUUUACCUGACAACGGCACAACACUGCCAGUUUUAGGCAGAAUAUUUAAAUUUUAACUAAGAUGCACUGAAGUGCCAAAUUAUUGACGACACGUGUGUGCAGCACGAUUAGACACUCAUUUAUUUAGUUUUUCAGCAAAAAAAAAGUUUAUUUGGGGGUGACUUGCUCUUUAAUCACAAAAUUCUGACUUUACUGAGAAUUCUGACAGAAUUCUGACUUUUUUUUCUCAAAAUUCUAACUUGAAUGUCAGAAUUUUUGCUUUAAUAAUUCUGAGAAAAAUGUCAGAAUUCUUUUUUUUCUCAGAUUGAUCGCUUUAAUCUCAAAAGUCUGGCGUUUAUCUCUUUUUUCAGAAUUCUGACUAAUAAUUCUGAGAAAAAAAGAAUUCUGAGAAAAAUGUCAGAAUUCUCGCUUUUGUUUCUCAGAAUUCUCACUUUUUGUCCUCAGAAUUUUGAGAUUAAAGUCAGAAUUCUGAGGACAAAAAGUGAGAAUUCUGACUUUAAUUUCAAAAUUCUGACAUCUUUUCUCAAAUUUCUGACUUUAAUGUCAGAAUUUUUACUUUAAUAAUUCUGAGAAAAAUGUCAAAAUUCUCACGUUUUGUUUCUCAGAAUUCUUACUUUUUGUGCUCAGAAUUCUGAGUUUAAUCUCAAAAAUCUGGCUUUAAUCUAAGAAUUCUGACAUAUUUUCUCAGAUUUCUGACUAAUAAUUCUGAAAAAAAAGUGAGAAUCCUGAGAAAAUUGUCAGAAUUCUCACUUUUUGUCCUCAGAAUUUUGAGAUUAAAGAAAAAAAUCUGAAGACAAAAAAUUAGAAUUCUGAAUUUAAUCUCAAAAUUCUGACAUUUUGACAGAAAGACAGAAUUCUGAGGAAAAAAAGUCUAAAUUCUAUUGUAUUUUAUUUUCUGUGGCCCCAAUUGUCAUCCGUAGUUAAAUGCUCAUGCAAACACUUGUAUUUGUAUAAAAUGGCUUUAGUUUGAUAUAGGUUUGUAAAUGAUCAUUUUGUUAAAAAUCUUGUAAACAAUACUAGAACGUUUUGUUUGUAUGGAAAUUAUAAUUAUUUUAUAUUUAAUAUGCAUUAAACUUAGUAAUUUACGAGGGCAUGUAAUAGACAUUUUUCCAGUCAUUUAAAAAUCACUGAUAUCAUAUGUUCAUAUCUAAACUUCAUCAUUGCUGCAUAAACAAAGUCAUUUAUUUUUGCCAAGUUUGUGCAUCUAUCUAGAUAAUUUAUGAGCUAUUUCUGCUGUGUCUGUGCCUCUAAUUCAUUUGUAAGAUUGGUUUAUAUUUUCUUUAUUCGUUGUACAUAAAUAUCUAUUCUAUCCAUUCAUCGAGACUUCAGUUUUUUCUUAUGCUGAAGAAAUAACAAACACGACAGUAAAGCCUUACAGCCAGUGUAAUAAAUGCAAAAGCAUCUUGUUUCAGUGAUGUUUCUGCUUUUUUGUAUCUCUUUGCUAAAAGCAGAAUCCAAUAAAUUAUAAAUGGAGAUAAACGUCAGAUUUCA